AUGUCAGUGAUUCAAUAUUUAGAUUCACUUCAUACAUUAUUUAAUUUUCAUCAAGUGUGUCAUAGUUGUGAUGACGCUAUUGGAAGAACAAAAAUUAAUCCAUGUUAUAAAGAAAGGUCAUUAGAAACUAUGUUAUUAGACUCACGACUUAAUAAUUUAAAUAAAGAAAUGAAAAUAUUUGGAGGAUUAGAAACACUUCAUAUUGACAUCAAUUCAUUAGAGAAAAUAGAAUUAAAUAAAUUAGAAAGAUAUAAAUUAUUUGAGAUACCAUUCUUUUUAAAUCAACCAAGUACUAAUAAAUAUAAAAAUUUAAAUGGAAUUAAGGAGAAAAUAGUUAGUUAUAGAAUUGAUCUUUCAUUUAAAGAGAAUUUAGAUAUAACUACAUUAAUUAAUUUAAGAGAAAUAAGAAUUAGAGUAACAAAACAACUUUCAAAAGAAAUAAUAACAAAUUUUAUAACAGGACUAAAGAAAUUAAGACAUUUACAUAAAGUAAUUAUUGAUUGUGAUACACAACAUCUUGAAUAUUUAUGGUCAUUAGUAAAAGGAAUGAAUUCAGAACGUACAACAAUUAUAUUUAGAUUAAAUUGGUUAAGAGAUGAAGAUAUUCCAAUAAUACAACAAGUAUCUAAUGUAAUAAAUGUUGGUAUUUUUACAAAUGGAUUAGGUAAAUUCCAUGAUAUUUAUUUAAAGAAAGGAGUUAUAUUAUUAUUUUAUACAGAUUAUUAUCUUCAAGUUUCUAACCAAAUGGUAUUUGAUACUCAAUUUUCAAAAUUAUUAAAAGAGUAUUUUCCUUUUAAAAUUGAAAUUCAAGGAAAUAAUUUUAUUGCUCAUGUUGGAAAUAGUAAAAUUAUUAAACUUCGUUCAUUAAAUUAUCUUUCUGAUUUAUUUAUUAAUGAAGCUCGUUUUGAUGAAAAAAUUACAAUUGAAUUACCUACUCAUUUAGAAAAUUUAAUUAUUAAUAAUACUUCUUGUAUUGAUCGUCAUGGAUUAGAUGGAAUUGAAAAUACUUUAGUCCCUAAAACAGUAUUAGCUCAAUUUGCUUCUCUCAUUUAA